GACUGGCCUUUCACAUGCGCACGAUGCUGCACGCGCACCCAGGCCGUGUGCGUGCGGAACCUUCACGCGGACGAGCCACAUUCGGCGGGGGCUCUAAUGUGUCUGGCUCCAGGUUUGUCCGUGAGGGUCUGUCUGCUACUGCUACAACCCCAGGACACAAAAUUUCCACACCGGCACAGUAAGCAAAGCAGAAGAAGCAUCUGUCAUUCAUGUCAAGUGUGCAAGAUGAGUACAGACAGACCCAAACGGAAUAUCAUCAGAAAGAAAUAUGACAUCAGCGAUGGGAUGCCCUGGUGUGAAGAACGUCUGGUGCGCAAAGUUCUUUUCCUCUCCCUCAGGGAAUUCAGAGACACACAUCGAGCCACACAUGGAAACCUGUCGACACACGGGCACAAACGCAAGCCUGCAUCAAAAACUACACUUCCUCCCGAACCCCAAAAGUCAAGUCAAAAGCCUCAACAGCAAAGAGUCUCACACAGACUGCAGAAUAAGCAGAAAAAAACACAUGAUCUGCAAAACACUCAAGUUAAGUCAAAACAGAAUAGGGACCACAGCAACAAAGUGCAAAAAAGAACCUCGUCUCAGGAUGUAUCCUCGCGGAAAACUAAAAGUAUUCAUACAGAUCAGCGCACGUACACAAAACCGAAAGGAUAUCGCGAAAAAACUGUGCCGCACACCAGCUUACAACAACAUGCGCACAAAAAUUCUAUUUCAACCAGGUCAUUACGGUCAUAUAAAAUGUCAAAUUCUUCAUCAGUGUUAACGUCUAAGUACACAAACACUACUAAACAAACUCAAAUAUCCCAGCACAAGCACUCAGUUAAAAAUAGGAGGCCACCCAGGAAUGUACAGACACUCGUGAAGACUCAUGUCCCGGCCAGGAAUCAGAGGUCAAGCUCUCCCAAAGGCAUCAGGGGUUCAUUAGUUAAUGGCACCAUCCAGUGUCAGUCCUCGCUGUCAGGAAGCUCGAGUUGGAGCUGGCCCUUGCAGACCCGCCCUCAGCGCCACCAUGUAAACCUCCUUUGUGACGAGGAUGACCCACAUAGCAGGAGGCCAAGGCUGCAAGCGCAAAGAAAGUUUGCCCAGUCUCCACCCAGUUCUCCUGGUCCACCACUGAUGUCAUCAACACAAUGUAGGCAGGGACACAGCCUAGCAGUAAUUACCAGUCUAACCAGACGUCGACCCAAAACUGAGGACUUUUUAUCUUUUCUCUGCCUAAGAGGUUCAGCAGCAUUACCAAGAAACAUGGCCUUCUUGAGUGGACGAGAGAACGAACCAGUCGCCAAUCGACAUUUCAAUUCCUGUCUUUCCACCUGGCCAAAGGCUACCAUUGACAGGAAAAACACGGUCGCUCAAACAGUGAGGCCAGGCUUCAGGUCACCAAACCUUGGAGGCUCUGACUCUGUGGAGGACAGCUCCAUCUGUCAUCUAACUGCGCGGGAACAACGGAGAAGGGAGAGGGAGAGGAAGGAGGAGGAAGGGCAGAGGAUAAAAAAUGAAUGUAUGGAGACUGGCAGAAGUGAGGAAGUUACAAAACACCACCUGAGACCUCGGCACUUCUCCAUGCAGCUCAAGAGAAAUAAAAAGGUCACUAGAGUGUCUGACCAAAGCACUUCCUUUGUCAGACCAGUUUCAUCCAUGAAGCCCAAGACGGGGGGUGGCAGCCAGCAAUCACCAAGGCCCAGCAAUACCUCCAAACUAAGAGGACACUCCCAAAGCCAACCAGAAGUCAAGAGCAAUCACCUCUCACAACACAGCAACCACCAGCUGCCUCACAAUCAAUGCCUACCAGUUUGUAAGUUCUACAGAAACCCCAAGACACUCAGAGGUCUUCAGAACUCAGGAAAAAAUCCAAGCAGGGCACCAGCUCAAAUGCCAUUGACUACUAACUUAGCCACAAGACAGCUCAAAGAGACCGCCGGUGUUGUGAGAUUGUCUAGAAGAAAGCGUGGACUUCCACCAGAUGCAAAUCCAACUUCUCUCAAUCAUUUUUCUACCGACAAUCCAUUAAAGAAAUGCAGGACACAACAGUCCAAUGGGGAUAACCGACUGGAUAAUAACUACGGUGAGACGGAGGCUAACUGUAAGGAAGAUGUCCAAGUGGAACAUACUGUCCGCAAGGUGAGAAAAACUGUUGAUAAAGAGAUUAAACAAGACACACGUAUUGGAGAGCUAAAAAUGAUAAGGGACAGUUUUGUAGCUGAGAACUUACAGAAUAAAGUUAAUAUUAGAAGCUUUGGCUCAGCGGCAAGCAUCACUACUCUUGAGGUCAAACAUAAAUCUGAUCUCGGUCCCGUAAGUGAGGUCAUAUGCAGAAGUAUGAGAGAAAAACGGCUACAGAAGAACCUGAAAAUUGGGUCAACUCAGAUCUCCAAAACAAUUCCCAGGAUUACUGUUUCUAGGACUGUUAUCAGAGCUGCGGGACAUGCUGCUGUUCCUAAAGCUCGAGUCAACUCAGUGACAUCACCGUACGUACAUAAAAACCCACCAGCGAACAACUCUGCCAAACACAGUCCAAAGGGAACUAAAAAAGGUGCUAGCAAAGACAUUGUCACGUUUAUUUCACCAGCCAGCAGCUGCUCCAAUGACGAUUCCAAAUGUGCUGCAGUUGGCCCUACCAAGGGCUGGGCUGAUGACUCAACCAAGGACGGUAGCUACUCUGUCACUUCCAAGGGCUCUACAAAACGUCUUAGGCAGAUUAAAUCUACUACCUCAACAGUUAAAACUAGGAGCAGUCCUAGAAUUCUUCUCAAGCGCUAACACAUGAUCCCUUGCUCAACAUGUUUACAGAUUCACUGUUUACUGUAUUAAGGUUUAACAUAGGAGACGAUCAUUACUGUGUAUAUACCUGUAAAUCGUACACCCACAGCGUCUAAUGAGUUCCAAUUAAGGAGCUGUCUCAAAAAAUAUCCUCUUUUAUUUAAUUGAGUCCUCUGUUUCACAUACCGCUGCUCCUCAUUAGGGUGCUCAUGAACUGGAGGCUACUGAGCUGACUAUAGGUGCAAUGUGGGCUACCACCAUUCAUACUCACAUUUAGGUUUGGGCUGGGCGAUCUGGCCCAAAAAAGAUCACAAAUUGUUUUCACGAUUUUUUUUUUUUUUUUAAUUAAAUAAAAUGGCCUCUAACAUUGUAUAUUAGCAUUAAACUGGCGGGCGUUCGAAAACUGAAACAUAUUUUGUAUUUUAGUGCACAAUAUGUGGAAUUUUCUUUAUGUGAAUUUAGCUUUACAGUUGACCUUGCCUGGAAUGUAAUCAACCACCUGAAAACCAACACUUUUUGAGGCACUAUUCAAAAUCCGCCAAACUAGUCAUUUUGCAUUAGGGCUGCAGCUAUCGAUUAUUUUAGUAAUCAAUUUAUCAUCUAGUUCAGGGGUGUCAAACUGGUCCUCAACGGGCCACAGUGGGUGCUGGAUCUCAUUCCAACCAAACGAGAUGAAUACCUUUUCAUCUGGGGUCUUACAAGUGAAAUCAUUUGAAUGCAGUCAGGUGCUGCUUGUUUUAGCAGACACCUCAUUGGUUGAACUGUGUUCAUUCGGUAUGAACAAAAACCAGGACCCACUGCAGCACUUUGUGGAAAUGGUUUGACAUCACUGAUCUAGUUAGUUCGAAUAAUCAAAUAAUUGGACUAGGAACAUUGAAUGCGUUACAGAAUACAUUUUCGGAGAUGUAAGAACAAAGGCUAAGAUUGCACUUUAAAAAGAGCAUUAAAUACAAAUACAAAAUAGAAGUAUGACCUUGGUUUAUGACCGUGUCCCCAGAUGCACCCUGUGGGGGGUAAUCCGGGAGUAUGGGGUGGAAGGCCCUCUGCUAGGGGCCAUCCAGUCCCUCUACCACACGAGUAUGAGUCAGGUCCGUGUCAAGUCGGACCUGUUCCCGGAGAAGGUUGAACUCCGCCACGGCUGCCCUUUGUCACCAGUUCUGUUCGUGACCUUCAUGGGCAGAAUUUCUAGGUGCAGCCGGGUGGUGGAGGGGGUUGAGUUUGGUGGUGGGAGGAUCUCAUCUCUGCAUUUUGCAGAUGAUGUGGUCCUUCUGGCUCCAUCGCACAGCGACCUCCAGCUCUCGGUUGGACAGUUCGCAGCCGAGUGGGAAGCAGCUGGGAUGAGAAUUAGCACCUCCAAGUCUGAGGCCAUGGUUCUUAGCUGGGUCAGGGGUGAGUGCCUGCCCCAGGUGGAGGAGUUCAAGUAUCUCGGGAUCUUGUUCACGAGUGAGGGUAGGUCGGAGCGUAAGAUCGACAGGCGGAUUGAGGCGGCGUCCACAGUGUUGCUGGCGCUGUAUCAGUCUGUCGUGGUGAAGACGAAGCUGAGCCGGAAGGUGAAGCUCUCGAUUUACCUGUCAAACUGGUGGAAGUGGCAGGGGAAAGGGCUGUCUGAGCAUCUUUGCUAAGGCUGCUGCCCCCGCGACCUGGAUUCUGAUAAGCGGGAGACGAUGAAGAAACGAACGAACGAAAAUAAAGUUCCCCAGUGUUUCUUCAAACUGCAGAAUUGUAUUUUCAUUUAAAAAAUAAAUUAAAAAUACCUUAGCUUAGCCUCAAAGAGGAAAUAAGAAUAAAUAAAUGAGAAUCCAAGGACAACGAAAGAACAAUUGGCUAACUUACAUCGCAAAAGUCCGCUAGUUUAAAUGCUACAAAAACUUUUUUUUUUUUUUUUUUUUUUUUUUUUUAGAAUGCUGCCUCACAAGCUCCUGACAAAUCAUUCUCACACAUAUUCCCACAAAAAACUGCUAAAUAUACCUGUAAACUAAAUUACGAAUGCAUACAUUUUUUUUUAGCUCAAAUGAAAACUUACCUUAUGUUGGUCUUAACAGAGAGCAAAUGGAUUCAGCCAUGUUAAAUGAGUUAUGUCCUAUUCACUGUUGCCACGAGAGGGCAGUGUAUCCACCCAAAUCAAUAAACCUUAAUGCAAAACCAAACAUUACAACGCCACUCUAAUUAAACAAAUCCUCGAUUCCUUUGAUUCGAUGCUUUUUUUCUAAUCUAAUUAAUCGAGUAUAUCGAUUAAUCGUUGCAGCAAGAGUUUGCAUUUGCUUGGUUGAUUAAAUAUGACAUUGCCGAUUACAGAGCUUUAAUCAUUUUUGGUUUGGUUGGUUGAUUUCAAUCUCGAAAUCAACCAACCCAGCCCUAGCACAUAUUCACCUAUAGACAAUUAAGUCUUCAAUUGACCUUUCGCAAACUCCACCCCCCCAAACGGCAAUUGACCAAUCAAAUGUCCUAGCAACUUCGUGAUCGAGUAGGAUCCGUCGAACUCUCAGAUUGCUCCAUUGCCUGUUUGAUUAAUUUGUUGGUUUUGAGAUCACCAACUGCCAUGAAACUUUACGGAAGAUGACGAAAAGGAUGAAGAAGCUGCGGACGUCUAAAAUGGUGAAGUAAAUAUCUAAAUAGGAUACUUUUUCAGUAAAAAUGCGGUUCUUUUCAUUCCCAAAGCGGAAAAAAAAAUUGGUUUCCAAUAGAUUAAGAAGCAUUGAUGUAUGACUAAAUGUGUUCAAAACAAAGUCACACAUACGUGUACUUUUAAGGUAAGAUUAAGCUAACACCAGAGGCUAACUUGUGAGAGGUUUGCCGAACUUGCUUCGUAGAGGCAAUAACGUUCAUUAAACUUGAUAUCAAAGUUGUAAUUGCUGUUAUUGAAUAUUACUAGAAUGUCAUCACUAUAAUGUCUUAAGUAUAGGUGUCUCUGAAGCUAAAGCUAGUCAACUUUAUGCCUUCAUUCGCAGUCCAUUCUAUGUGUGCGCUAACAUAAAGCGGUGCUUCCUCAUUUUAAGUAAACAUAGCGUCCUAAUAAGCUCCUUGAACUUGUUUUUAUUUUUUUUUGUAACAUUUUGUGAACGGACACCUUAGUAUCCCAACCCUUUGCUUGCCGUAAGUGUUGAAUCUGUAGGAUUUUGCCUCAUAUUUUGCUUAGUUUUAUACAUAUUGCUGCAUAUUGUAAACCCUUCUGCCUCAAUCUCGAGGAUGUUGCACUGGUAUUGCUCCAAAAUAAAUCACUUAAAACACUCCGAUAUAUAUCUGCCUGGAAAGGCUUGUGCCGUUGGCGUCACAAAGUGUUUCAGCAUAGCAGCUCUAACUAACGGGGGCAGAGCUUUUUAAAAAGGUCAAUUAACAUAGCAUGCAUUUUUCAAGAAGACAAGAAAACCAACCCAGAUGUACUAAACACUAACAUAGACUUCAUAAUGUAUUGAGGGGACGCGGGGGUGAUUCAUAUGGGGGCCUAUGUCCGUCAAAGCUGACCUCGUGGAAACACAAAGAGCUUUUUCCGUUGAAAAUUCUUGUGAACAAGUGCUUAAAUUCCUGAAUUCUUUAUAGAUAUGGACGUAAAACAGUCUCGAUUCUUGGUUAAAAGCAAAAAAACCCCAUGCAGUUAUCAGUUAUUUUCCGUAAAUAUUGCGAACUAUGAUGCUAGUCAGUAAGAUAAUUUGGCGGCCGCCAUAUCACAAAGAGCUUUUUCUGUUGAAAAUUCUUUUGAAUACAUGCUUAAAUUCCUGAAUUCUAUAUAGAUAUUGACGUAAAACAGUCUCCAUUCUUAGUUAGGAGCAAAAAAAAAACAUGCAGUUAGCAUUUAUUCUACGUAAAUAUUGCAAACUAUGAUGCUAGUCAGUAAGCAAAUUAGCAGCCGCCAUAUGUAAAUAAAGAGCUUUGUCUGUUGAAAAUUCUUUUAAACAAAUGCUUAAAUCCCUGAAUUCUUUAUAGAUAUGGACGUAAAACUGUCUCGAUUCUUUGUUAAAAGAGCAAAAAACCAGGCAGUUAGCAUUUAUUUCACGUAAAUAUUAAAGUUGCACCGAUACCGAUACCAGUAUCGGCAGGGGGCGCCGAUCCGGCCUGAAUUGGUGGUAUCGGUAUCGACGAGUACCAACAUUUAGGGCGCCGAUACCAUGUACUGGCAUCAUUUGAACGCUAAUAUAAUGUCCUCCCCACGUGAGCUAACUUCCCAAAUCAUUACAUCUGAAUGUCUUUGUCUCAGAAUUACCACACGAAAUUUACAUUUUAAUCUUCAAUAUUACUAAUGUACACUACAGCGCUUAUCCGCGAUGUUACUCUGCUCAUUUAACAUGGUAUUCACAAACGAUUAGCUUGCGUAAGCUAACGCUUACUGUUGUAGAGCUGAAGGGAUCAGAAAGGUUAAGACCGUGGGAGACUCAGCAAACUCAUGGUUUCAUGAUGAACACUGAGUGGCAAAUUAAGAGCCCCGUACUUCAAACUCGUCCUGUUUAUGAAAGUCGUUUGUAAUAUGCUGGUGUUGUGCAGUAAUGAGCAGAAGUGACUUCUGUGGCCAGAAAACACUCAAGUGGCGCAGCGCGCACAUUAGAUAUCAUCAAAUAGCAAUCUAGAUGUCCUAUUGUUAGAUCCCAUGCCAACUCUCGCGCGCACAAACUAGAAAUCAUCAAAUAGCAACCUAGAUGUUAGAUGUUUAGAUCCCAUGCCAUUAGCUGCGUGAGCCCAGAGCGACGCGUAGUCCAUAGACUAUAUUGAUUAAAUAGAAACCGCCAUGACUGAAAGGAAGUUAAGCAGGCUAAAUCAACCCAUACCAGUGACUAUAGAUAAUGCUGCAAAUACUGUUAAUUCAGUACAUGUUACAGAUGGACUCGGACCACAAAUAGGAUGUUAAAAAAUAUCUGCUAAGAGUGCUGCAGCAAUCAACAGUGUGACCCACUUUACAAACAGUAAAGAUUGUUCUCAGCACAUAUAUACGAAAUUUCUUCAGAUCAGGAAGAAGUAAGCACAUAAAUAUUAUGCACUAAAAUGCUUGUUUAUAUGAUGGCACUGUUUUUUUUGCUUGUUAGCAAAAAAAAAAAAAAUAUAAUAAUAAUAACAGUUGUAUUUUCUGUUUCAGAGCAUUAAAUGUAUUGAAUUGUAUCGAAAAUCGUACUGAACCGUGACUUAACUAUAUCGUUGCAUCCGUUAUACGCACAUAUUUAUAUAUAUAUAGUUUUUUUUUUUUUUUUUGCAAACAGAGUGGUAUCGGAAUGGUAUCGGUAUCGGCCGAUACUGCACAGCCAGGUAUCUGUAUCGGUAUUGGGCCCAAAAAAUGGUAUCGGUGCAACACUAGUAAAUAUUGCGAAUUAUAAUGCCAAUGCUGUCGCAGCUAAUUUCUCCCAUUGAUUUUUGUCACGUUUCAAAAUGCAUGAAUCGUACGAAAAAUAAUAAUAAUUACCUAGAACUCUCGAACAAAUCACUCCUGAGACAAUCCUUCCUGUUUGUAUGCGGUACAGCUUUCAUACUUUUUCCAACCUAAAUCCGGCGUUGGAACCCUGCAUGUAUUGACUAACUGUGACCGACUGCGAAUAACUGAAGUGGACUGUAGGGCGGCCCCCUACUUGAAGACAAUGCGCAGUGGGUGACGGAUGUGACACGUCUAUACAAUUACGAAGUCUAUGACGCUAACCUACCAUGCUAGCCCUUUAUGAAUAUAUUUAUUUAACACUUUGAGUAGCGUAUUGAAUUGAUGAAUAGAUGAUGCAGUCAAUUUUAUGCAUAGCAUAAAUAUACACUACAAGAAUUAAAAAUGUUUAGAAUAGUAGUUUGUAUUCAACGAGUUUACAGAAAAGCAUCGUAAGAAAUGCUUCUUUAUUGACAGUACAUGCAGCUACUGUAGGCCCUACAGUGUAGGGGGAAAAUCUUCAAAAAGUUAAAUUAACUUUUUUUUUUCAAAUUACCAUUAAAAACUCUGACAUUUAAUUUUAAUCCCUUUGUAGAGGCGAUGUCUUUGAUACAGCUCCUGUACUGACUCACAUUAGAUUGUGCAGGUGUACAAAAUCUUGUGGCCAGUGAGUGUAUUUAAAAGACAAACACUGGAUAGUGCUGUAACAUAGUUUGUUCUUCUAUACACCUGUCUGUUAUGAUGUGUUUUUUAUGUAGAUGUACAGAAAAAAAUGAUUUGAGCAAUAUACAAGUGUUGUCUAUUAAUUGGCUGUAGUGAACAAUCACUAUCGCAAACGAUGAUUUCAGGUGCUUCCAUGUAAUUUUGUUUACCUAAAAAUCAUGCUAAUUUGCAGCUCCUAUAUUUUACAUGGAACCCUGAGUAAAAUGACAUGUUGGUUGUCAAUGCUUUAUUUUAGUGUUUGUAACUCAUCUAUAAUAUACAUAAGCUUUGAACAUAAUUCGCAGCUUAUUAUAUUAUUAAAAACUUUAUUUCAAUGUAAGUCGUUAUUAAGGAUGUCCCGAUCCGAUUGCGUCAUUUUUCAGAGGACUGGAAUUGGGUGAAAAGGAUCGGGUUUUUAAUUUAAACAAUAUAUUUGUUUUUCAGCUUCAUGCUUGUAAAGCUCCUCAGCCUCUCUCCUGCUAAGCGUUGCGGCAAAACUGUCCAGCUUCUGUUUGGUAGUUAACGUUAGCGAUGAUUGACGGGUUUGAAGCUUUGAUCUUGCUAGAGGAGCUUGGUAGCUCCACGAUUAAAGGCACAGAUGUGUCAAUCAAUGUUAAACUUGCAUAUGUUUGCUGUAUGAAGUCUAGUAAGUGAGAGGCUGUUCUCAGCAGCGCGAGUGGAUUUGAGUGGACUCACUCAAUGAAGCAUUUAAUAAAGACAAGCAUUUUUCUACGUUCUUAUUUUAAAAAAAAUUCACAUUAUGAAGUCAGCACGGUGGGACAGUAACAUGUUUGGAACUUUUGUUUAAAAAUCCCCCCCCCCAUGUAUCUUUCGAGACUGUUUUGGAAGAUUCUCAAAAUCAGGUAACUCGGACUCGGUCUUACGUGCAAAAAAUAUGCGAUCGAGACAUCCCUCGUCGUUAUUGUUGUUUACGUCGCAAUGUGUUGAUGUAAAAUUGUGCCCCCGUAAAUAAUGUUACACAUUUAAAAAAAAGUUCCCUACAGACUUCGUGGGAAUUAUUUGUUGCUACGAUUCGUUUUUCAUAUUACAACUGGAGAGUACCCCACCAGUGGACAGUGUUGACUCGUUUAAAAAAAAAAAAAAAAAAAGUAUAUCGUAUUGGGGAGAAAUUAUAUUUUGCUGAGAUAUUAAUGCUACCCUAUUUCUGAUCAAACUGCUGCGCAUGUAUUUAUGUAGGGUAACCUACGUCUUUGU